AUGAAAAUGCUCCUGGUCCGCAAGUUCCGGGUGCUGAUCCUCAUGGUGUUCCUCGUCGCCUGCACCAUGCACAUCAUGAUCGACCUGCUGCCGCGGCUGGAGCGGCGGGGGACCGAGGGCCGCCCCGGCUGCUCCUGCCCGCCGCCCGCCGCCGCGCCGCCCCGCGCCGCCCCGCGCUGGCCCAGCAAGCACACGCUGCGGAUCCUGCAGGACUUCAGCGCCGAGCCGGGCUCCAACCUCUCCUCGCAGUCGCGGGAAGCGGCGGAGCGGGCGGCGGGCGGCGGCGGCGGCGCGGGCGGCGGGGGGGCGGCGGCGGCGCGGACGCGGCGGCUGAUCGCCCCCGGGGCGCCGCGCCCGCCGCCCGCCGCCGCCGCCGCCGCCCCGCUGGCCGCCCUCUUCCAGCACCCGCUCUACCGCGCCGCCCUGCCCCCGCUCGCCGACGGCGACCUCCUCUUCAAUGUCAACAGCGACAUCAGGUUCAACCCCCGGGCGGCCGAGCAGCCCGAGUGGUGAGUACCGGGGCGGGGAGCCGAUAAUGAAGAAUUUUUGCCAACUGGAGAAACCUCCAUAGACUCCUACCCAAACUGGUUAAAAUUCCACAUUGGCAUUAAUCGGUACGAGUUGUAUUCCAGACAUAAUCCUGCAAUUGAGGCUUUACUACAAGACCUGGUCUCCCAAAAGAUAACCAGUGUUGCGAUGAAAUCAGGAGGCACCCAGCUGAAGCUGAUCAUGACGUUCCAGAACUAUGGACAAGCAUUGUUUAAACCAAUGAAACAAACCAGAGAACAAGAAACCCCGCCUGACUUUUUUUAUUUCUCAGACUAUGAAAGACAUAAUGCAGAAAUAGCAGCAUUUCAUUUGGACAGGAUCCUGGAUUUCCGUCGCGUGCCACCAGUUGCAGGUAGACUGGUUAACAUGACAAGAGAAAUACGAGAUGUUACUCGUGACAAGAAAUUGUGGAGAACGUUUUUCAUCUCACCAGCCAACAACAUCUGCUUCUAUGGGGAAUGCUCCUACUACUGCUCAACAGAGCACGCCCUGUGUGGAAAACCAGAUCAGAUUGAAGGGUCUCUGGCUGCUUUCCUACCUGAUUUGUCUUUAGCUAAACGGAAAACCUGGAGAAACCCUUGGAGACGUUCCUACCACAAGCGCAAGAAAGCAGAAUGGGAAGUUGAUCCAGAUUAUUGUGAAGAGGUUAAACAAACACCCCCGUAUGACAGCGGGACCAGAAUUCUGGAUAUAAUGGAUAUGACAGUUUUUGAUUUCCUAAUGGGUAACAUGGAUCGACAUCACUACGAAACUUUUGAGAAGUUUGGAAAUGAAACAUUUAUUAUCCACUUAGAUAAUGGAAGAGGGUUUGGAAAAUAUUCCCAUGACGAACUUUCCAUAUUGGUGCCUUUAAACCAGUGCUGCAGAAUAAGGAAGUCGACCUAUCUGCGAUUACAGUUGUUAGCCAAGGAGGAAUACAAACUCAGUCUCUUGAUGAAGGAAUCUUUACUAAAAGAUAAAAUAGCUCCCAUUCUCUACCAGCCUCACUUGGAGGCAAUGGACAGGCGGCUGCGGAUUGUUCUCAAGGCUGUUAGUGACUGUAUAGAAAAGGAUGGUUAUGACAAUGUGGUUGAAAAUGACUUUAACACUGAUGUUAACACUGUUACGACCGAGAGGUAGUGAAAUGGCAAGACUACGUUUUUACCAGCCAAGUAAAGAAGAUUCAAAAAGGAAAAAAGAAAAAAAAAAGUCUUGCAAAAGACUGUGUAUGCCACUUCAUGAAUUCAGUGAAUUCAGAAAUGAGAUAUAAUUGUUCCCAAAGUAGGUAAAGUGUAGACUCUGCAAAGGCUUAGUUCAUUAAGAAAAAUAAGUCUAAUGUGAUGCUUUUCAUUAGUUCCUAAAGAGAGAUUAUGAAAAGAUUCAGAAAAUACUCAGAUCAUUGACAGACAACAGUCUGCUAGCAAAACACCUCCUGUCCUUUUUGUAUAGAAAGGAGGCCUUUACUUAAUAUUUUGUAUUUAUAUAUGGUAUAUCUAUGAAACCCCAGACCUACCUACCAAAUUUAACUAAGAGGGACGGCAUAGUUUUGUGACUCACUUUAUUUGUGGUGACAGUCCACUUAGUAUUUUGUGUUAACCCUUUAAGUGCUCUAAUCCACUGUAUCUUAUUUAAAUUGAAUGCUUUUUUUCCCCAGCUACUAGGCAUUUAAAGGGUUAAGGCAUUAUGAACUUUUAAAGGCAAAAAAUAAUAAUUAUUACAAUAAUAAUAAAUACAGUGGUUAUCGGAAGGGAAUUUCACUAAUUGUGCAUUGACAGGAAUACUUGAAUGUUGGUUUUACAAAGUGAUGUAAAAUGACAAGUUGUACUAUUUGUCCAUAAGGAGGUGGCAGCUCUUAUCUUUCUAGACUAUCAUAGCUGAGCUGCUACUUUUCAACUUUGCUUUUGAUAGUUUUGUGUAAAUAUAUACAUAUAUGGGUUAAAAGCUGCUUUCAGCAGCUCUAGGCUUACUUUUGCAGCAUUUUUGUGGAAUUGUUUGCAACGUGGUAAAAGUGCA